CCGCGCCCGGAGGCAGCAUGAGCCAGGCCGAGCUGUCCACCUGCUCGGCGCCGCAGACGCAGCGCAUCUUCCAGGAGGCCGUGCGCAAGGGCAACACGCAGGAGCUGCAGUCGCUGCUGCAGAACAUGACCAACUGCGAGUUCAACGUGAACUCGUUCGGGCCUGAGGGCCAGACGGCGCUGCACCAGUCGGUCAUCGACGGCAACCUGGAGCUCGUGAAGCUGCUGGUCAAGUUCGGCGCCGACAUCCGCCUGGCCAACCGCGACGGCUGGAGCGCGCUGCACAUCGCCGCGUUCGGCGGCCACCAGGACAUCGUGCUCUAUCUCAUCACCAAGGCCAAGUACGCGGGCAGCGGCCGGUGAUGCCCGCCCGGACCCGGACGCGGGCCUCGAGCGUGUCGUCUGCUGUACCUUCCCGCCAACUACCUCGGUGCGCACCGGGCCCCCGGGCCCCGCGGCCACAACGAGUCUGGCGCGCGCG